ACAAAAUGGAAAACAAACAAGGAAGGCCAGUAGUUUACAAUUUUUGAGGUUUGAACAAAGAAACUAAAAAUUUACUGGGCAAAAUAAUUAUCGGCGCAUCAUGCUAAAAAGCAGGGACAUAAAGCGCACUGGAGUUUAUCGCGUGAGCGGAAACAUUGGUGAUCUGCAAUUGGAACUGAAGCUGCGUCACAUCAGUGAAUGGCUGCCGGUCCCCAAAUUUGAGUACGCGGGAGCGCAGUCGACGAACGCAUAUGGUGACCACUAUCCCGGAUCGGAGGAAGACGUCUGGCAUGAUUGCUAUAUUCAUGUUCCCCAGGGCGAUGAUUCGUAUGGGGGGAGGAAUUGCUUGGGCUACAACUGCAGUUAUUAUAAUGUGGGAACUGGUUACACCGGCAGGCGACGAAGGAGUCCCGUAGCUCAGCAUGGGGGGGAGGACAAGGAGAAGAAUGAGGAGGAAAUAACCGAUCUGGAUCUGGAGUCCCAAAGUAAUCGCUCGGGGAGCAUCCUAAGUGAUAAUAGUCGUCCUCCCGCUGGUGAUCUCUUCUAUAAACGGAAUAAGGAACUCUGCAAUGGUGCUAUAGCCACAAUGCGCAUAUCCUGGCAGCAAAAGCACUUUAGUCAAGCGGAACUGGAGCAAUAUAUCAACAAUCCUGGAAGUUGCGCCCCGAAACUACAGCGGCGCUAUCACAAUUGGGCCUUGGAAACCCUGAAGCUACAACAGCGUUAUCUAAGGAAACUAGAGAAUCUGGAAGAUGCGGAGAAGCAGCAGGAUCCUGAGCCCAUUAAAGUUCGUCGCCGGAUACGAAAGCCCAAAUCGAAGCAGAGAGGCUGCUCUGCCGUAACUCACCCGACUAUUGCCAGUCUGUCCUCGGCGAAUAUGUCGGAGGUUUCAGUACUGGAUGAUCCCAACUUUGCCGCCAGAACGUGCCUUAUACACACCUUAUUGGAUAAUGAUUCCGAGAAUCUUAUGCCCGCCGAAGCGAGUGAAUUCCAUAAAAAGGGCUACCAGCUAAUGUACAUCUAUGCCGAUCUGCAGCAGGACACACUGUUGGUCAGUAUACGAUAUGAUCCCGAACAGGGUCUGCUCUAUGUCUAUCCGGAUUUCAGCAGCAGUGCCCAGGAUCUGGAUUAUGUGGUUCAGAUCGAGCGGAAUAACGAUUGCCGACAAUUGUAUGCCUUUGGCUUUGAGAAUGUCACACCGCUAGAGGCCUACCACGAUGACGGUUUCUCUGAGGAGGCGGAUGGCGAGGAUGAGCAGGAACUGGGGGAUGGCUUACCCAUCGAAGAAGAUCUGCCCGAAGAUGCCUCCGCCGGGGAGAUUCUCGAGUUUUACCACAGACGGCGAGCAUCCGCUAGCGAGAGGAGAAGUCUCCUCCAGUUCGAAAUGCCGCCCAAGAGGAUGAAACGGGUCAGUCUGCUGCUGGAACUACAGAAAGCCCAAAACUUUGAGAACCCCAACAUACAUGUAAGAUACUAUCUGAAAGCUCCAGCACAUACCUACUAUGAGGGUACACCUGGGGUGGAUACCAUGCAGGGAGCCACGGCCACGUGCAAGAAUGCCGGCGACUGGAGGAGUGCCCAUUUGGGUCACUGCUGGCAGGUGACCCUGCUCCUGGAGGAACAACAUCAUCCGGCUGACCUACUGCAUCUGUAUUUUGAAGUGAUCAGCAUAGAUAGCUGGCAGCGGGAGCGAUGUGAGGGAUAUGCCCACUAUGCGAUACCGCUAACAUCCGCCCUGCCAACAGACUCCAUAUGGCUGCAGUGCAUCCGACCAUUGGGCAACUGGCUAGAUGCUCUCAAUCGGUAUUUCAUAGGCGGUCGGCAGCUGUUCGACUUUGAGUCCUUCUUCGACGUACACCGGCAAUCGGAAAUGCAUUCCCGUUUGGACUUCAAAUCUGACAGGCCAAUGACCACCACGGGAACACUUUCGCUCCGGCUUCAAAAGCUUCAGCAGCGCCAAAUAGACACAUGUGACCAGUUCCACCACCACUUCCAUUUGGAUCUCGGCAACAAUAGUAGCGACGAUGGCGACAGCAAUGAUGACGAAAUCAGAUCCAGUUCAAAUCCUGAUACUGCGAGGGCCACCACUCUGGACGAGGUAAUGGCCGCCUUUGUGGAGGCCAGGAAACGGAUCGAGCUGCUCCUGGGAAACAGCUCAGAAACAGCCUCACCAUCAUCUGUAUACUUCCAGGCUGAGAUUUAAGCCCUUCAAUGAGUACAAUAAUAUGAUAGCAAAUGAUUUUGUUUUAUAUAUAAACUAAAAAACGA